AUGAAUGAAGCUUCUCAUGUUAAAUACAAAUAUUGUGACUCUUAUGUUAAUCAAUCUUACCAUGUAAAUGGUGUUGAUAGUGAUUCUGGUGAUGUAACUGUUGAUGCCUGCCGUCAGUUAGCGGCAACUUUUGUUGAUAAUAUAAUCAAAAUAGCAUCAGAGGAAGCUGCCAACCGAUUAAACCAAUGUAACCAAACAACUGUUGAUAAACCCAAUAGAUUAAAGAAUCCAACUCCAUCCAUUCAAAUAGAUUUGAUAGGACCACGAAGUCCAACACCUGAAGAAGAAUCCUUCCCAUGGGUUGAAGAGGCCAGGAGAGACCAAAUUAUAAGAGAGGAAAGUGAAGAAGACGAUAAAGCGGAUGAAGAUCGAAAAGAAGAAGACAAUGUAAUAAUAAGUAAUGAACCAGAUAGGAGCACAAAGCAAGAUGAACUGGAAUCACGUCCUGAUAGUAUUGAACCUGUAUCCAAUGAUCCACCUGAAACAAAAAUUGAUGAAUCGUACAAUGAAGAGAUUAUUCACCAAUUUGCGCUGGAAUACGUCAAAGAUAUAAUUUCCAAAGCCACUGUUCUAGCCUCCGAAAGAGAAGCAACAUUCCAUUCUUUGCGUUCUGAGCUUUCACAUCACAGAAUCUCUAGAGCAACGAGUCUUCCAUGGUUUGAAAGGCUUCGACAAAUAUUCAGACGUUUGGUAGCUCGAGCUUGUUUAUGUAAAACAAAACACGACUCAAUGCAUUCAUUCAAAGAAUCCUAGUUAAUCCUUCAAAGGAAAUACCGUUAAGCCAAAAAAGAGGGAAAAGAAAAAAGGAAAAUGUUCCAGAAAAGAAACAACUCACACACAACUUCUGACUUUAUCUUCUUAUUAUUAUUAUUCUUCACUUGAAUCAUCAUCUUCACCAUUUCGCCAUUUCACCACCAUUGAAAUGUUCAUGUCUCAUUUUUCACACAAACACACACUUUUUUCAUCUUAUCUUUCCCUCCUUUCUUUCACCUUCAUUGUAUUUCUUUAUAUAGACCAUCAAGACAACAAUCAUCUUCUCAAGGACCAUAAUCAUUCGACAAAAAGCAUUUCUUCUUGAUAUUAACCCUGACGAUAAUAUUGUUGAUGAUGGAAAGGAAGGAUAAAAUCCAAUAAAAAAACAAACGAGAAACGAUAAGUGUAUCAAAAAUAUGGCAUCCAUUGGAUUCUGGUUAAAUAUUUUUUAUUACUAUCAUCAUCGUGAAAGCAAACUUUUUCAUUUUUCCGUCUUCAUUGUUUCUCAUCAUUAUCACCAUUUAAAGGAUACCAAGAGGAACCAGUGUGUUUUAUGGGUCAAAUAAAAAAAAGGAGAAGGAAGAUAAAAUAUCCAAGCCAGGAGAGGCAGUUAAGGAGUAAAUAGCCAUUAUAUGGGAAACCAAAGUCAAGCAAUCAUUUUCCUAUUAACUAAUCAUUUGUUGACCAUAUUCAAUGAAUUCAAAGGAUAUCAGAUUACUCUUCAUGUCUUCCCUUGACUUGGAAAUCAAGACCAAAAUGAAAGGUAAAAGCUAAUGGCAAAGGGUAAAUAAAGACUGGUGGACUUCAUCAUUUCAUCCAAGUAAAUCUAUUACCAUUAUUAUUGAUAUCAUAGUGGACAAGGUUUCAAGGAAAGCCGAUGUUUAUAAUUCCGUAAAAGCAAUCUUAUUUAUAUAUAAAUAUAUAAAUAUAUCGAUUUAAUUGGUGUUUUUAUGUGGUCCUUACGAAAGAAACUUAUCAUUUCCAUAUUAAUUAGACAACCGUUUUAUUCCUAUGCCUUAAACAAAUUGUAAAAUCAAUUGAUUGGUUUUUGCAGUGGUGAUAUUUAUCAUGAGACAAUGUAUCUGCCAUUUGUGUCAUUAGAUGACACGUUUACAGGCCAAAAAUAAUUUAAAUCGCAAUCAAUGGACCAUUUUUCACCCAACUAUUAACUUACAUAUGAUUAUAAUUGUAGUCUCUACAUUGCAUUUCUCAUUCUCACCAUUUCAAAAUUCAAAUCAAAACUAUUUACUAAUUAUGAAAACCAAUUAAUCGCAAUCUUUUAUGUUUAAUAUACAUGUGAAAAACUUUACCUUUGUUACACUCAAACAAUUAACUCAUUUACUUAAGCUAAUCCAGCUUUAUUAUAAAUGCAGUUAUCGAUUAAUUAUUUCUCAAAUUGUCAGACCAAAACAACCUGCAGAAAAAGGAUAUAAAAUUGAAGCAAUAAUGUGUUUCUGCUGGUUAAACCAAUCAAUCAGAAAUAGUAAAACAAAUUAUAGCAAAAGAGGAGUUUUUUCAACAAAAAAUGGUUACAUUGUGCCAAUUUAAUGUUUAAAUGAACCAAUCGACAGACUAAAACACAAGAAAUUGACCAAACUUGUGUGUUCAGCUUAUUUUAAUUAACUGAUUAACUGUUAUGGUCUGAUCUCUUCAUAAACAGCAAAUAUUAUCACAUUAAUGUUUUGGGCUGACUAUUUGAGAGUUAAAUCCAGUGUAGCAUAUCAAUGUUACAUUUAAUAUAUUCAUUUUAAUUAUCUGGUUCCUUUGGUUGUGAACACAUUGCUCGUCACACGCACAUAAAGAUACAAAAACAAAAGACUCUGGCACAAAACACAUUUUGCAAAAUCAACAGCAAUUUACCUUUAUAUAAAUGGUAAUUGCUUUUCCGUUUGUUUACCUUCAAUGUGCUGCCCUUUUUGUUUGUUAACUCUUUUGUUUCUUGUUUUUUCCCUAAAAUUUUCUGGUGCAAUUUCAUAUUUAUAUAUAUUAAUGUCUUCAUUGUUACAAUUGUACAAUUUAUAAUGUCAACCCGAUUCUAGCUGUCUCCAAGCCAAAGCCAAUGUGAAAACCAAUCAAUCGCUCGACGUUUAUGCACCCAAACUACUUAAAUUGAACUCCUUUUCCUAUCUGAUCGAACCCAGCUUUAUUUGGCUUGAAUCGACUCGAUCUUAAUUUGCUCGUUGAUCGGUUUGAUUCAACACGAAACAGUCAAGAGGUUUUAUUUGAAUCCUUCAUAGUCAACACGUAGACUUUGGGUUGUGGCCAAAUCCAGAAAGACUAAAUAAAAGCUAAAUUUUGGUUGAGAA